UUGGACCAAUCCACCUAGCACCCUCCGAAACGAGUCAGUCGAACGCGACUUCACUGUUUACGAGGGACUACUUUUUAUGAGUGAGCAAGAAUUCGUGUUUUGAUGCCGGAGGGACUAAUUUAAUCCACUAGUGAGAACAUUUCUCGGUUGGCAGGGUUAAUUGUAGGAACGCUUACAGAUUUUUGUGUGAUUUUUUUUUUAAAGAGAGGAAAAAAUUCGUGAGAUGAAUUUUCAUCAAUUCAACAAAUGACUUGUUGUGUACGAGUUUUUGGAUAGUUUUCAUAGUGAUUUUGGUUCUCGCCGUUCGAGAUUCGGAACCCGGUAUAUCAAGGAACGUUCGAGGAAACCUGAAGACAGUGUGCAAAAAAUCUAAAUGGACAGAACAUAUGUGAACUCGGCUUCAGUGACCAUUCCAAGUCGGAGGAAUCACUACUGAUACCAGGGAAAGCCUUACAGAUUUACUGCUUUGAUGACGUACGUAUGACGUAAGAACCAAUCAUGGGAGAGAAAGGAACUUUAGAAAAAGAACAGAAUACUCCCAUAAUGAAUAUACCGGUACAAGGUACUCUCCUGGAGAAGUCCCCGGGUAUGGAGGUUGAUCAACCAGAGGAGCGGGAAACUUGGAACAAAAAGGCGGAUUUUCUUCUUUCCGUUAUCGGGUUCGCUGUGGAUCUAGCCAACGUGUGGCGGUUUCCGUAUUUAUGUUACAAAAAUGGUGGAGGGGCCUUUCUGAUUCCGUAUGGAUUAAUGUUGAUAAUGGGAGGCAUACCGUUGUUUUAUAUGGAGCUGGCUCUUGGUCAGUACAACAAAUCCGGUGCCAUUACUUGUUGGGGCAGACUGUGUCCACUGUUCAAAGGCAUCGGAUGGGCGGUAGUGUUGAUAGCAUUUUACACAGACUUUUUCUAUAACGUCAUCAUUGCUUGGGCCCUUCAUUAUUUGAUCAGAUCAUUCACGAGUGAGCUCCCUUGGGCAACAUGCGGUAACGAAUGGAAUACAGAGUUCUGUUACGACGGUAUAAAUAGAACAAAGGCCGAUAACUCUAGUUUCAAUAUGACUGACGAACUUACCUCCACUUCAUCAAACAUAGCUGUUGUGAUGUCCACGGUUGGAUCAAUAUUGAACGAAACAGUAAAAAACGUUACAAAAAUACCCCGAUAUUCGCCAGCCGAGGAAUAUUUUGUCCGCAGUUUUCUCGGCCUGCACCGUAGUAACGGGAUAUUUGAGGCCGGAGCGGUCCAGUGGCAGAUCGUGCUGUGUCUGCUCGGUGUUUACGUCAUAUGUUACUUCAGUCUAUGGAAGGGUAUAUCCACCUCGGGCAAGGUUGUGUGGUUCACUGCCCUCUUUCCAUACGUCGUUCUGUUCAUCCUGAUGAUCCGAGGAGCCACACUGCCAGGGGCUGGGAAGGGUAUCGAAUACUACCUCACUCCGGACUUUGCCAGACUCGCCAAGUCAGAGGUGUGGGUUGAUGCAGCUACGCAGGUGUUUUUCUCACUAGGGCCCGGGUUUGGUGUACUGUUGGCGUUUGCCAGCUACAACAAACUUAAUAACAACGUCUACAGGGACGCCCUAGUGACGAGUGCCGUGAAUUGUUUGACCAGUUUCUUCUCUGGGUUCGUCAUUUUCAUGAUAUUAGGUUACAUGGCUCAACGGACCAAUCAGGAUAUCGGGGAUGUAGCAACGGACGGUCCCGGCCUCGUCUUCGUAGUUUACCCAGAAGCCAUUGCAACGUUACCAGGAGCACCAUUUUGGGCAAUCAUAUUUUUCCUGAUGUUGUUGACGCUUGGUUUGGACAGCUCGUUUGGCGGAUCUGAAGCUAUUCUGACUGCUUUAUCCGAUGAAUUUCCGAUCCUGCGCAAACACAGGGAGCUAUUUGUGGGAGCUCUAUUUUCCGUCUAUUUCAUAGUUGGUUUAUCGUUCUGUACAGAGGGCGGCGCUCUCGUGGUACAACUGAUGGACAAAUUCGCGGCUGGUUAUUCCAUACUGUGGGCUGUGUUUUUUGAGACACUUGUCGUGUCGUGGGCGUACGGUGUUGAGCGAUUCUCUGAAGACAUCCGGCUGAUGGUAGGGUUCCCUCCGGGCCACUACUGGAGAGUCUGCUGGAAGUACGUCGCUCCGGUGUUUUUACUGUUCAUCAUGCUCUUCGGCCUAGUAACGUACGAGCCGUUGACUUAUGAGGAUUACGUUUACCCUUGGCAAGCUAACAUGAUCGGCUGGUGCGUCGCUCUCUCAUCCAUCUUGUGUAUACCUGGGUUUGCAAUCUACGGACUAUUAACGACUCCUGGUACCUUUUCAGAGAAAAUGCACAUUUUGUUAACACCUAAAAACGAUAUAAACCGCCAGAACGCAUCGAACUGGACUGACGUCAGACUCAAUGGCGGAGCGAUCGGGGAUCGAGUAUGAAUCCUGAUCGUAAAAUCCGCAUUAUUACACAAACAAGCCUCAAGAAGUGGCGAAGCGUCAACAGGAAUGGAAAUCGUGCCUGAGAGUUAUCUCCCCAUGGAUUCUCAUGCUGUGGAGUGACACAAAAAUGUUAGUCGUCAUUUUUAGGAAAUGCCUAGGAAAAGGAGCAUAAGUCCUUCCAAUAUAAGGCGUUUAAGGAAUUUCCCAUAGUGACGUUCUUAGAACAUUGUAGCCUUUUUUAAUGGAGAUUUGUUGAAAGGGAGAUAACUGUUGUCAUAUUUGAGGCCUCUGGGAGAUUUCAUAUCAAUGUAAAUCUCUAAAGAGCCUAUGGAAGUGAAUACAAAGUGAAUACGUUGUUACCUGUGAAAAAAGGUGACGGGAAAUACAGCAAUAACAUUACACGAGUUUUCAUGUAAAAAAACGUCACCAAGAGAAAAGGUUUAUCUUCUACAAUCAAGGGAGAUAACUAGACUACGUCCGAAUUGGACGAACACUGUAGAAGCAGUAGGCGUAUAGAUGUGUGUUGUAACUGUAGUACUAUGCAGCUGUGUAGUUAUGCAAAGACCAAUAGACUUUAGUCCUCAAACAGCAUCAUUCGUUUUCAAGAUACCAUUCAUACAUAAUGUGACGUCAUUCAACAAUUUGCCUCUCGAUGUGAGCUGCAUCAUGCAUAAAACGUGAGACGUCGUUUUUUUUACAAUCGUGCCGUCAGUUUCAUUGUGUGACGUCAUUUUACAAAAUAUGACGUCAUUUACAGAGUAUUGUGUCAUAAGCUGUAUAAUGUAACGUCAUGUCUUUGCAAUGACUCGUUUUAUAUGUAAAACCGUGUCGUCAUUUUCAAUUCAUGACGUAAGAAAUAAGCAAAGAGUCGUGAACACCAUGGCAUCUCCUUGUCAGUAACAACUUUAUUGUGUAACUUUGCGCAUACACAAUAAGACUGGAUAUAUCCAUCAUCGUGAUGUUAAAUGCAUAAUAUGACGUCAUGUAUACAUUAUGUGACGUAAUUCUUGUACCAUUGUGUUGUCAGCUACAUUGUGUGUGACGCCGAUGAGUAUCAAUCGAGUAAUAGUUGAUGUAUGAAAUUGUAUUCAUAUUUGAUUGCAAACUAAUAAGUUAUGACAAUACGUAAAUGCGUAAUACAAGAUAAACGUUGACACCAGAAGAACAUCGGUGUCAAAUCUAGUACUUGUGUUGAAGAUAUCUGCUACCUCACACACUAUAUUUGUGAUUUUCUUGAAAAUGAUCUCUCUUAAUUAACUGAAGCUCUGAUAAUUAAAAAAAAACAUAUUCCAAAAAGACAUCAACUGAUCAAGCCAGUCUUAAUAAAAAUUCAAGAGAGAAAGUGAUUCUGAUUAUGGAACUCUUUUGGAUUGAGAAAAUUUCACAGUAAGGUAGCAUGCACCCUUAAGAACAUAAGAUACAACAGACUAAUGAAACUGUCGAAAAUCAUGAAGAUUAUUUUCCUUACAAGGACAUGAAUUAAAGGAAAUCCAUAUUAUCAUAUGAAACACGCAAUGUUUAAACAACAGAUAAAUGUUUAUAAAAAAAAACUAACUAAUUGACGAAAGUGUUUUUUUAAUUUCACGCAAUUUAUUGACAGAAAACACCUUAAUAUUCCAGCAUACUGAUUUCAAAAAAUUGAAUUAACCUGCAAUGUUGAUCUGUUGAUCAAUACACUAGUUUGUUCAUAUAGUAUAACGAGUUUUGUUUAUUUAAAUGUUUUAACUGUUUUUAAUUUUCAUAUCAAGAAUUGGAAUAUUAUGGCUUUUAAAUAUUUGAACAUAUAUACUUUAAAAAAAUUACAUCAAUUUUCAAUGAAAUAUUUACCAAUUUUCCUCCAAUAAAUUAAUUUGAGACACGAUUUAGGGAAUGCUAACUUGAUCACUGACUACAAUUUCACUUUAAAUAGUCACGCAAGAAGACAAAAUGAUUGUUGUUUUGAUAUAAAAGACAUGAAAAAUUAAUAAAUUUCUGAUCAGUUAAAGGAAAGUGUAUGUGACGUAAUAAGAAUUUCCCAAAAUAAUCUUUCCAUAGGGAGACAAAUUUUUUGUCAAAUUGAAGUGUUAUUAUAACAAUAAAAAUUAAUAUGAAAUGUUAUUUAUGUCGGAUAAUUGACAUUAUCUUGUGUGAAGUCGUUGAGACUUACCCGCAAAAAUAAUGGUCCACGAAAUCCGAUAUUUUGUAUGUGGUGGGCAGUAACAAAAGUGCAAUAGACACAGGAUGUAAAUGUGUGAUGGUAAUUCGUGUUGUAACGUGUGAUAUAGAUAACAGUAUUGUAAUACAUUGUAAAUACAUUGCAUAACAAUGGACAUAUGUCUGUGUAAUUUAAAUACUGGGUUUGAUAUUGUGAAUAAUCAUUACAUUAUUAUUAUAUAAAUACUGAAAAUAGACGUGCACGAGUGUAUCACGUGCACUGAUCAAAUAAUAUAAAUGAUGACACAACCUGAUAUAAUGUACGACGUGACGUCAUAAGUAACGAAGUCAUGUAGUGAUUCGCGGCGAGUUCUCAUUGCACUGUGAUUUACGACGUAAUUGCAGGAAUACGUGAAUGUAAGUGAAGUAAUUGUAAUUUCUUAUGAAAAAUGCAUAAGUGACGAAGUUGACCAUUCCGUCUUUUCGUAUUGCAGAGUUAACUGCUCUUGUGAGCAGGUAUUGAU